UCGUUGUUCUCAGAGUGCACGCCAAUGACAAGAAACAGACUUUAGCUGGAACAGCCUUUCAGAGCUCGUUGUUGGCCGUGAUCGACAGCAGCUGGACACAAAGUUCCCGGGUUCACAGCCGCAGGAACAGCGCUCCCCUUAACUAAAGCAGACAUUAAUUGUCCGACCAAACUGUUGCUGCCAGCAGCUCCGUCCGGAUGCUGUCAGAGGCUCGCGGCGCUGUGACUCUUCAGCAGCGCGUGCACCGACUUUGACUUGAAACUUCCGUCCGGAAAAGCGGCGUCGCCUCUGCGCACAGCCUGACCCCGAGGCUGCCUCUCCGCACGGACCCUGUGACAGGAGCCCGGGGACCUGUAGGACACUCGGUUUGUCGCGCCUGUCACGGUGAGCGGAGCUGGCUGCGGGCAGAAAACAGCGAGUGUCUGACACCAUGAAACUGAAUCCACAGAAAGCUCCACUUUAUGGAGAGUGUGUGUUGACUGUGCAGCUUGAUGAUGAGCAUAGUGCUGAGCAACAAGAAGAGGAGGAAGGGGAGUUUUAUCUUAUUUUCUCUGGAUCUACACAAAGACAUGUGAGCAGCACGCUGCGAGUGAGCAGUAUCACACUGCAGGCCAUGUGUCCAGGCCAUAAUGUGUGUGAACAGGUCUUGGUGACACUGUGUUUGGCUCGGCCUGAUGGAACGGUGGACGCGCGCUCGCAGCAGAGCUUCUCCUUUGUUCAGGACUUGGCUCUCAACAUGACCCACUUCUUGCUUGACAGCACCGCUGCACAAGAAGCAUUACUACUGAGCAGUGAGCAGAAUCCAGUAGAAGCUGAGAGACUGGACGAGAGCCUAGACCUGAAACAUGUCAGCCAGCCUCAACACGGGACUGCACCAAAAGCACCCUGCAACACACACACAGGUGUGGAGGAGGAAACGGUCACAGUGACAGAUACACACAGAUCCGACACAGGGAUGGAUGUCUCCUCAUUAUUGAACAGCUGCCCUGCUGUGAGUGAGUGCCAGCAGCCCUCCAGCCUGCUGCACUUGGCAGCCAGUCACAGUCUGAAGACAGUGCCGUCAUUCCUCCUGCAGCAGCCAGGAGGGAAGGAGGCACUGAGGAGGACCAAUACUCAGGGUUCAACGCCAGCAUGCCUUGCAAAGAGCAGAGGACAGCAGCAGCUUCUGGAGCUCUUUCCACACUAUGCAACAUUCUCAGAUGUCCAAGCAGGAGCCAAGGAGACCCUGCAGGUUUAUCCCAAAGGUGUGUUUGAGCACCAUGCCAGUGUGGGUACCUACACCCUAACAUUCCUCCUGCAGAGCGAGGGGGGCGCAGAGGCAGACAGCAGGGGACACUGCUGUUUACAGGAGGACGUAAAGGAGCUGAGGAGACUAAUCCAGCUUCACAGACACACCGAGGGUUCAAUCAUCCCCUCAUUGGAGCAGAGAACACACGGGGACGACUCGGCUGCUGUCAGUCAAACAUCCGGUACCAGUGCACAUUUUUGUCAAAGACAGGAAAAAGGGCGCAAACACAAAGGCACACCAGCUGCCAAAUCUGCUGGGAGGAACAAGAGAAACAAAAAGAGAACUACCAAAAUCACAAGACCUGCAGCAGCAGAGUCUUCAGGAAACCAGAGCAGAGAAGCUGCACAGAGGCCCUGCACAGCAACAGGAAGUGGAACUCUUUCAUCAAGAGAACGAGCAGUGGCAACUGUGACUAAUGACACAGGAAUACAAGAAACUCCAUCACCCAUAAGGCCAGUAUUGGGACCAGGUGUUGAAAGAAAGUGUGCUGGCAGGAAGGCGGUUGCCUUGCCUACAACCAGCAUCGUAGAUAAACAGGAAGGGCAGAAGCAGGAAGUGGAGCUGCUGAUGCGUAAGCUGGUGUCAAAGACAGGAAGAGACGCACAAAGUCUCAGAGCAGAAAUCAGUGUGGAAUCAGCUGCAGAGGGGACAGUGACUAUGGGCCAGGAGCAAUCCCAGGAUCCACAGGAUAUUCAGGCAGAACAAGAGGAACCAAGUCUAGUCAACACCAUGGAGAAGAGUCCCCAAUCUAACACAGAAAACAGCCCCAAGUCCACACACACAGAAAGGAAAGGCAGGAGAGUGUUAUGGCAGGAUGGAGGGCUGACUGGAAGCAGAAUGGGAUCAGAAGCAGUAGGAAAAACGACCUGGUAUAUGGGAGACACUUUAGAACAAGUUUCCAAUGAAGAUUCCAGCAGAAAGGAAGUAAACUCACAGUCAGUUUGGUAUGACGCUGACACAAUGGUUGAGAGAAACCCUGAACAGCUGGAGGAGGGACGGAGCGAGAAGAAACAAUGUGACAUGAGCUCACCUCAAGCUUUAGGUCUUAGCUCUCCACAGCCGGUAGAACAGGGUCUGUCUGCAGCUCUGAGUCAGGCACAUGCUGCUGGAAAACAGCCAGCACUGUCACAUGGGCCAGAUGCACAAAGACAGGAAGUACACGGAUCACAGCAAGAGGAGGAAGUUAGGUCAGAUUGGAAGAAGGCAGGAGUGGAAGGAGUCAGUAACAGAGAGAAAACUUAUAGUAGAAGCAUUUCUGAAACAGCAGACUCUGAAGGAGGAGGAGAAAAAGUAGGAAGUGAAGAGAAACCAGCAAAGGGCAGAAAACGGAGGAGGAAGAAGAGGGGGAAGAAGGGCGGUGCAGAAGCCAAACUUAGCUCCAGCUCUAGUACAGAAUCUCAGAGCUACUCAGAGAGACAGCCGGAGAGCCAACAAGCAACAAACUCCACCAUUCAGUCAGAGUCAGAGACUGAAAGGGCAGACGAGCAGCGUCUCCCUGCUUCUGAGCCAACCUGGGGGGAGGAAGCUGAUGAGGAUGCCAUGCAGCUACCCAGCCACACAGAGAUCCAGACCCACAACGCUCCCGGAGCUGACGGUGAUGUUACGAACGUGGAUUGUAGUUUCGUGGCUGGGGAGCUCAGUCAGGCUGACCGUCUGAGAACAGAUUGGACUGAAGUUACAGCUUCACACACAGAAAAAAGAAAUGAAUUAUCAGAGGAUGAGACCGUGAACGUUGAUGACUUAAAUCCAAAUUCAGUCAUCAUCAAUUCAGAACUCAGUGAAACAGACGUCAGUAAGGCCGACAUAAAGGGAAUUACAACUGUGCAACCAGUGGCAGCAGAAGAAUUUGACUCUGGAGAGCUGGAAUCAAACAUGCCUGCCAUUCUGGUCCAACCAACGCUGGAUAAUGUUGAGCCUAAUGAGGAUCUGACGGUUACUGGUACAGCUACGGAGUCCGUGAUCCGGAUAGGUUUAGUGAACUCUAAGUGUCCAGAGGAGGGCUCCUCCUUUCCUGAACAGGAUACACCGCAAUCUGUGGACUCGGACAAACCAGUACACUCUGUGGAUCCCACGGGAAGAACAGUAGGAUCUGUUGAAUCUGUAUGUCCCACAGCAGCUGCUUUUGUACCAUCUGAUGACAGAACGGAUGUUUCUUCGCUUCAUAUUCGGGAAGGAAGCACUGAGACCACUGCAAGGGAAUAUUUAGAGCAUUGUUUGGCCCCUGAGAUGCUGAGAGGUCCGGAGUACAAGGAGAAAAAGACACAUGACACGUGGGAGGGUCCAGAGGAAGGAGUUACAGAAAGAAGCCAGAGUGAUGAAAAUGGCAGCGGGUCGGUCCGUGUUCCGUUGUGUUCCAUUAAUGAAGGGCGACAGGUGAAGGAGAACUAUGAUGAAGACUUGGUUGCUGCAGCAGUAGCUGUUGUAACAGUAGCAAUAGCAUCAGCAGUGGCUAGCAUAGAACUGAGCCAACAUUUAGUAGGCAGUAUGUCAGAGAGUUACGUGUGUGCAGGCAUAGAAGCAGUGGAUAGUCCAUCAUUAGCACAGGAGACCAGCCUCGCAUCAAAGCAGCUGCAACAUGAUCUGCUGCACACAGUUCAGGUCACACAGCUGUCUCCACAGCUGAUCAGCAGAGCAGUGACUCAAGCUGACACAGAAAACCAGCCUAGUCACAUCAGCUCUCUAGAACAAGCUGAAGUAUCAGGAGAAUCAGGCUCUGUAGAGAUACAGUCGAUAUGUAACGCAGGAGGGUCCAGAGAAGGGCAGCUAAGUAGUCAAGAUCAGGCUAACUGUGAGCUGCCUGCAUCUGCAGAUGCUCCUAGUUCACCAAAACAUGCCAACGAGGAAAUUCAAAAAGAAACUCUACACAACAAAGUUUCUACAUAUUCAUUACCUAAAGAAGACAAUAACCAGCUGAAGUUUCAUCCCAAACCUUUGCCAGAGGCAGGUGAAGUGAUUACAGCUGAGGAAGACCGCCAUGAUCGUGUGCAGACGGUCAUUUUGCUGCACGGCGACAGCCUGCUCCACUCUGCUGUUACAGAUAUAGAGGUUACUGUUACAGACCAGAAUCCACCACUCAGAGAGCCAGAAAAUGAGCCUAUCUGUCCUAAAGAGGGAGCUGGACAGCAGCUGACAUCCCAUUUUCGAACUGGAGAGACACCUGAAAGAUGCGAUGGUCUCUCUGUGGAAUCCAGAAACGCUGACAGCGAGGUAGGCUGGCAUUACAGGUCAGAAGAAAGUGAGAGCUGUGAAAACAACUCCCCACACCUGUCAGCCUGCGACUCGCAGGUUGAAGAAAAUGAGUGCCAUCCACAGCUGGCUGGAAUGCCAUGUCAAAGUGAGCCUCCCACUUUCCCUCUUUCCUGUGGUUCAGCACGUCCUGUUACCCCCAAUAAAUCAUGUUCCCCAGCUGAUGCCACUCCAGAGGAACCAGCUGCUCCUGCAAAUGUGGAAUCAGGUGAAAUCCUGUCAUCUCAGUCAUCAGCAACCGGGAACAGUGUCACUGCAAUUCCUCUUGAAGCUGAAAGGGACACAAACCAAAGAGAAGCUCCUGAAAGUGUCCUUGUGAAUAAUAAGGAUGCUGUGUUUGAAGGGCUGGAUGAAGACACACUGGAUACCGUGGAUGGAUUCGAGGACGGAGAAAAGAAAGGAGGAGAAGUAGAAGCAAGGAAAGAGAUGCCCAGAGUGGAGGACACAUCCCAAACUGAAGCAGCAAAGGAGGAGGAGAGAGACGGGGACAGCGCGCACGCUCUGCAGAUCCAGAGAGAAAGCCACAUGCUCUAUCCUGUCCAGCCCAGUCUUGAACACAGCGCAUUGACACCAUGUGAAGACAGAGGAACGUGUGUGUCGCUGUGUUUGGUGCACAGAGAUUCAGAGCUCAAAGACGGCCUCAAAGUCAGUGCCGAGCUGGGCGAUGAUGUCAUUCAGAAGCCUGAGGCUCCUCCCACUUGUGUUGGACACAGGGACAUUCAGACUUGUGUGUCCCAGUCCUCUACCGAAAAUGCAUCGAUGCAAGAAGCUGUCAGUCCCAGCAAAGGAGCUUUGUCAGGGGGCACAUCUCAGAGCUCCACACAGUCCUGGAUGUCAGAAAUAGACAGAGGAGGAGGAGAGACCGAAGGAGCGGGAGAUGAAGAAGAGAAAAAAGACGGGCUUCCAGAAACUUCAGCGUCAGCCGUGUUGCGUACAUCCAUCUGUUCCUCGUCUCUGUUUCGUCGCCACAGCUGGGAGCCAGGCAGGAACAGCACGGCCGCGCAGACUGACCUCUCACAGUGCAGCUCACUGAAGAGCCUUUCAAGAGAGGUGAAACAAGCCAGGUCCCUCCGCCACAGAAGAAGUCUGAGCUGGUGUCCAUCCAACCUGGUUUGUCCUGAUCAGGAGCAAAUAGACAACCGAAGUCACAGUCUAGACAGUUUAGAGGUGGGCAGAUCAGUGGUCCAGAUCCAGACGCAACAUCCCAGCAUCAGUGAUCAGGAAGGAGUGCCUGCAGGCAGGAGUUCACACCUGGACAGCCAGGACAGGGGGUCUCUGGCCUCCCUAACUGAGGAGGAGCAAGAAGGAGACAGCAGCAGCAUUGAUAGUCAGAUAUCACUGACUGCCAGCUGUUCUGCCAUGGUUCAUCAUCCAACUCUCAGCAAAUCCAUGUCCAUGGUCACCAUCACUCAGCGCGAUAUACAGGUGAGUGGGUUUCCUCCAUCAAAGCGACGAAUCAGCUUCUCUGUCAGUAUCUCUCCGCUCCUCCCAAAAACUAGACGCUUCUUUUCCGUUGGCUCUUCCUCCAGUGAUGAGGAGGAGAAGGGAGGGAGUGUGACCUCAUUCUCCAGUUACUCCGGGUCACUGACAUACAGUAUCUCAGAGGAUGAGCCGGGUCCCCUGCAGAGUGAAACUGAGGGAAAAGGAGGGCCUAAAAUUAGUCGGACAAUCAGCUACCUCCGCAGCAAGAUGGGCAAGAAGUCCAAGGACAAGGAGAAGAGAGGGGAGAGUAAACAAGAGAGCAAAGAGAGAGAAAAGCUCCCCGUCUGCCCCGCUGGCUCCACAGUGUGUCAGCACAGCACCAGACGUCUGUGCAAUAAGGAAACUUUCUACUGCAACAACUGCGGGGUCCAUGUCAGUAAUCGCUCCACAGAGAGUCCGUCUGUCUGCGCAAAGACCAAAACAAAGCAGCAAUCGGCGGUGUCAGAAGGCGUUCCCGGGUCGUCUGUUAACAUGAGGAGUAAAGCUACAUCUUCUACGUCAUCUCUGACAUCAACGGCGUCCUCAUCGUCACGGGAGCACUGGUCAGCAGUAACCACCCCUGACGACCAGCUUCCUGUGCUGUCUCCAAGACGACACCCCAGCAUCUUCAACCCUCACAGCAAUCUGGCCAAGAGCGUCUCCAGCAUCAACAUAGCAUCGUUAGAAGAUGUUCCACUAAAAGGCCUGAAACAUCUGUCCCAGUCCACCGAUUCUCUCCAUCAGGGGAGCAAAGUCAACGCCUCGACAGAGUCGCUCACAGAUGAAGGUACUGAGUUGAUUGACAGUCAGCUGAUGGAGUUUGAGCAUGACAUUAAAUAUCUGGAAGCUGAUUCUUGGAGUGGGAUGGUGGAUAAGAAGUUCUUGAAAACCCUGAAGAAAGAUGAAAUCAAGAGACAAGACGUCAUUUAUGAGUUGUACCAGACAGAGGCUCAUCAUGUAAGGACGCUGAAGAUCAUGUCUGAAGUGUAUUAUAAAGGCCUUCAGAAGGAGCUGCAGCUUGACACUCAAACUCUAAAGAAGGUUUUUCCUGUCCUGGAUGAGCUCGGGGAGAUGCACACAGAAUUCCUCUCACUGCUCCUGGACAGAAAGAGAGCUGCAUCAGCUGAGAGACAGAACAGCAACAACUUCCUGAUCUGCAGCAUUGGAGAUGUCUUGGUUAAGCAGUUUUCAGGCUGCAGCUCUGUUCGUAUGAAGAAGAUUUAUGGAAAGUUUUGCAGUCGCCACAAUGAAGCCGUCAAUCUAUACAAAGAGCUGCACGCUAAAGACAAACGCUUCCAGGCUUUUAUCAAGAAAACAAUGAGCAGCAGCGUUGUGCGGCGGCUCAGCAUUCCAGAGUGCAUUUUGUUGGUUACUCAGAGGAUCACCAAAUAUCCCGUUCUGAUCCAGAGGAUACUUCAGCACACCCGAGAGUCAGAUGAAGACCACAGUUUUGUUUCUGAAGCGCUGCGUUGUGUGAAGGAGCUAAUCACGGCUGUAGACGGUAAAGUCAACGAACAGGAGAAGAAACGACGGCUGAAGGAGGUGUACAGUCGCACUGACAGUAAGUCCAUCAUGAGGAUGAAAAGUGGUCAGAUGUUUGCUAAAGAGGACCUGAUCAGAGGGAGGAAGCUGUUGCACGAUGGAGCGUUGCAGCUGAAAAACUCUGCUGGAAGACUCAAAGAUGUUCACGCCAUGCUGCUGUCGGAUGUGUUGGUCUUUCUUCAGGAAAAAGACCAGAAAUAUGUCUUUGCCUCAUUGGACCAGCGCUCCACAGUCAUCUCUUUACACAAUCUGAUUGUCAGGGAAGUUGCAAAUGAGGAGCGAGGCCUGUUUCUAAUCACAGCUGGCACAGACAGACCUGAAAUGGUGGAGGUGCUGGCCAGUAGCAAGGAGGAGCGCAACACAUGGAGGGCCAUUAUACAGGACGCCAUGAACUGCAUGGAGAAGGAUGAGGACGAGGGGGUUCCAAGUGAGACAGAAGAAGACAGGAAACAGCAGCAAAACAGAACAAAGGAGAUCCGAGAGUUUCUACAGAAGAAAGAUGAGGAGAUUAUCUUUUUACUGGAAGAGAAGGUUCGCAUCUUUAGGGAGCUGGGUAACUGCAGCGUGUCUGCUGAGGACGCAAACACAUCAGUGAGGGAGCGGCUGUUGUUCAGGGCCACGCCGGAGAAUGUCAUGAAAGGGGAGCCGGUCAUAAAUGAUGCUGUGAGAGAAGUGGAGAUCCUGCAUGCUUUGGUCGGCGGUGGUGUGGGUGCAGCGGGCUGUGUUUCGGUGGGCCUGACGGGAGCCAGUGUGGGAGCAGUCUGUCUGCCCAGGCGUGCUGAGACAUUUGGAGGCUUUGAUAGUCACCAGAUGAACAGCAGCAAGAAUGGAGAAAAGGAAGAGGGAGACGAGUCACUGGACCUGCGCAGGACUGAGUCUGACAGCGUGCUGAAGAAGGGAACCGCUGCCAGCCUACAGAUGCUGCUGAAGAGAAACAAUGAACAGCUCCAGCGCAGUGUGACAUAUCUCCACGAGCUGCUCGUUUCCCUGCAGGCUGUGGUCAUCCAACAGGACUCAUUUAUUGAGGACCAGAGGCAAGCCCUGAACAGCCAGCUCACCACCAGCUCCACCAGACACUCAUUCUCCUCCUCCUCCUCCUCUUCCUCCUCCUCACUCUCAUCCUUAUCCACCUCCCGCCCCUCCUCCCUCAGUGAGCAGGAGAAGCACAGGAGUCUGGAGAGACAGCGGCAGGAGGCAGCCAGCCUAAAGAAACAGCAGGCUGCACAUCAGGAGGAAAAGAGGAAGCGAGAGAGGGAGUGGGAGCUGAAGGAGAAAGCUCUGGCAGAACGGGAGAAGAGGCUGAGGGAGGAAGAGGAGGAGUCAAGGAGGAGGCGUCAGGAGCUGACAGAAGAGAUGCAGAUGUUGCAGAGAAACAAAGAAGAGUACCACAGAGAAGUUGAGUGGCUGAGGGAGGCACAGAGGAGGCUGGAGAGAGACGAGGAGGCGCUCAGGAGAGACGCUCAGAGACUGGACGUAAAGACAGACCAGUCAGAGCAGCUUCAGAGGUACCAUCGGACUCCCUCCACAACCUCAGACGACUCCUUAAGGUUCCACAGCACCGGGUCUCUGGAUCUGGAUUCAAAAGAAGCAGCACAACAACCAAAAGAGGUGGAGCUCUCGUCCUCCGCCCCAACCAAAGAACAUUUCCUCCGCAUCGGAUCCAAGAGGAUGAGCAAAAACCUCAACCCCUUCUCCUCCGCCUCCUCCUCUAAGGCUCAGGGAGCACAAAAGGAGUCCCAGCUCCCCUCCAAACUACUUCUAAUGACCAAGCCCAAAGAGAAAAAAGACAAAAAGAAGAAGAAAGGAAAAGGAGGGCAGGAGACACCGACAGAGAACAAAGUUGGAGUGAUGUUGGAUGCUUCAAAUGAGAGUGACAUCUUCUUCUGCUGAGCUCUGAAGAAAGCACAUGUGAACUACUAACACACCUGAGUAAACCUACAACUGGCCAGUGCAGCAGCCGUCGCCCACAGCAUGUCUGCUCUCUGUCAGUUUGACUGCUUCAGCCUUUCUGUCAUGCAGACUGCCCCAUCAAAGGUGAAAGGUCAGUUAGGAUAACAGACUGACAUGAAGGUAACAAACUCCUCUGGAGACAGCUGGUGCAGGGGUGUAAUUAAAAAUAGUGAGAUAUCCCAUCCAGCCUCCAUCAGUUUGUGAUGUGAUGAAAGUGGAUGAACAGAAGACUUUUUUCCAGCCUCAGGAGUUGGACAGUUUACAUCUCCUCCACACCUCAGUCUGUGGACACGCCGACCAAUACAGCAGCAUUUCUUUAAGGUGGUGCUGAUGCUAGCUUUAGAUGCUUGUUGUGCUGCUAACUCCUGACUUUGAGAAAAAUCCAUUCACAGUGUGAGCAGCUUUAAUCACUGAGAGUUCAAUUACAGUGGACACGAUGCACUCAACAGCCACUAACCCCUGACGACCCCACUGCUCCGCACUGGUGCCAGUGUAGCACAUCAAGACCACAGACCCACACGCAAUCGCUCACUGUCAGUGUGUUAGUGAACAAAGAGAAGGAUGGACGUGGAGAAAAAGCUCGUUUCUAAAACUCUUCAGUCCCUGAGCCCGGCCAUCGCAUCAGCAUGGACAGCAGACUCUGUUGAAGCUGUCGUUCAGUCCCUACACUUCCAAAAUACUUAUUUAUUUUUAAUCCGGUGCUGAAGUGACUCCUGGUGCUUCGUUCUUGUGCUUACAUGGACAAAGUGUUUGUGCGUCUCUCUGACAGCAGGUAGACGUGGACCAGCAAGUCUGAAUAGUAUCACAGUUUAGUGACUGAAAACCAAGCAUUCACCCUCAGAGCUGCAGCACUCUUUUUACAGGUCUUUGGUCAGAAUGCAGUAAUAAUGAAUGCAGACGUUGAAUGGACUAAUAAUGACAUGAUGUGAUUAUGUCAGUUUAUUAAUUUUAAAAAUGGAGGAUUCUGAGCAGGUUAUGGUGCUGACCUCAAACAUCAGCUGAUGUGACUUCACUUCGGGCUCCACAGCAGUCCGAGUUAACUCAGUGAAAUUCUGUUAAAAACACAAAGUACUGAUGAAAUGCAGUCAGCAACGCUGCUGUUUCAGACCCAGCAGCAGGGUAACGGUUUAAAGCUCAAGUGUAAAUUGAACUCAGGCUUUCAAAACAAUAUUGAACAUAUUGCCCAUAAACCAUGAGUGAAAUCAAAGAAGCUCCAGAAACUCAAACCACUGCAGGACUUCUCUGAUAUCUUUUUCUUUUUUAUAAAAAUUCAAAAUGCUUAAAUGGAAAAAAAAAAUGCACCUCAUUCAAACAGCCAGAUAGAAACAGUCUGAUCUGAUUUACACUGCUCGUGCUGUACCCCACAGACAGCAGAUUCCUGUUUCGGGGAAGAUGGUCAAAGAUGCCAAAGACACAACAGAAAUGAGUCCAUUAAAUUUUCAUCACUUGUGCUUCUGUUUUUCAGCUGCAUUUGUUUCUACAUGACUGGAUUCGUUCCCGUUGCAUCACCCAGGCAGACUUGGUCAGCAUGUAUACAUGUUAAUAUGUAGUUUGGUGUCAUAUUUCAAUAAGGCUUUAAUAACCCCCCUCUAACCAAGGCGGCUUCAAUCUAACCAAACAGCACAAGUGACAAAAAUAGUGAAUGAAUAAAAACCAAUGAUGAAAGUAAGCUGACACUCCGCUGUGUGACGCUGUCCUCAUUUACAAAACACCAAAUCACAACAGUCACCUCGAGGUGCUUUAUGUUGUAAUGAUACAGCGAAAUCAUGUAUAUCGUGCCAAAGAUGCCAAAGCACAAAAACAGCAGCGUUUGCUGCCUGAGCAGCGGGGUCAGCUCUCAGCCCGAGAACCGAUGAACCAGCAACACAAAACAUAAACAUGUAACACAAUGCUAAACUGUAUAGUGCUUUUACACUCUGCUCUCAGCUAUGGAGCAACAUUUACUGAUGAGAGCUUCUCUCUAAUCUGCACACAUUUCUCUUCCUUUCCAGGAUUAAAAAUACUUUGUAUAGAGGUUUAAAAACAUUGUUUUACAGUUGAAAGGUUCGGUGUAAGCACAGCAUUCAUUGGUGAAUUUGGUGCACUGAAAGCAUUCAAAAUGAAAGCACGCUCACCUUCGGCUUCACUGUGACAUCACGCUGAGAUCUGUUUGAAAUGUUUAAAGAUAAAAACACAAGGUACAAAAUUCUUGUUUUAUUUACAGAGAAAUUGUGGCGGCAGCGCCAGCUAUUUUGUAAAUAUGUACAAAUUAAAACUUUAUUUGUUUGCCUUCUUCCUGAUUUGUAAAUGUAAUUAUUCCUCUUUAAUAAACAACUAUA